AUGGCAGUGAACCAGAACCAUACGGUGGACCGCCGUGGGGCCGCCAUCCCGCAUGGCGAAAGUCUCCUGAAGAAAUGUUCAGAUGUGGACCUCUCCUUCCCCCAGCCACGGCCAGGCUCCAACCUCUUCAGUGGUACAAAGAGAGGGACUGUGUUUCUCACCUCCUACCGGGUGAUUUUUGUGACUUCACGUUCAGACAACGAUCCCAUGUUGUCUUUUACGAUGCCGUUUCAUCUAAUGAAUAACUGCACCAUUGAACAGCCCAUCUUUGGUGCAAACUACAUUAAAGGGACAAUUCAGGCAGCUCCAGAUGGUGGCUGGGAAGGUUCUGCUACUUUUAAAAUAGUCUUCAGGAAAGGAGGUGCAAUCGACUUUGCCCAGUUGAUGGCCAAAGCUGCCUCUGCUGCUGCCCAAGGAGUUCCACUGAGAGUUGCAAGCUUCUGGAUGGGCCCUCUAGGAAUUUAUGUCAUCACUGGAGAGAGGAACAUUUAUGCCCCACAGGCAUACCAAGUUGCCUAUGGAGCCCCACACGCCGGGUACGGAGUUCCACCCUCGGGAUACGGAGUCCCACCUGCUGGGUACGGAGCCCCACCUCCCAGAUACGAUGUCCUACCUUCUGGAUACGGAGCUGCGAGAUAUGGAUCCCCUCCUCCUCUAUACGUAGCUACCCCUAUGGGCUAUGGAGUCCCACCUCCUGGGUAUGGACCCCUACCUGUGAGAUACGGAUCCCCACCUCCUGGAUACGAAGCCCCCACUAUGCAGUAUGGCGCCCCACCUCCUACUUACGUAACUACACCUAUGGAAUCCGGUUCCCCACCUCCCGGAUAUGAAGCCCCGCCUAUUGGGUAUGGAACCCCUCUCUCAGGGAGUGAGGCCAUACCUUCUGGAUCCACAUCCCUGCCUGUCGCACAGGAAGCACUACCUGCUGGGUCUGAAGCAGGCCAUCCCACGUCUGUGGCAGCCCAGAAUCCUGAAUUGCAGGCAUCUUUUCCCUCUACCUCGUCGUCAUAGUCCCAUUCUCCCCCCUCUAAGAUGUAAACCUUGAAGUUUCACCAAGCAAAACUGCACUCUAGCAUUGAAGUUAAGACAGCACAGAGCACUUAGGUGUCUGAUCACAGACCCAUACUAGGUAUCUGUCUCCCUCCUUGGGAGUUCAGUCAUAGGGUGGAACCAAGCAUUACCUCCAGGCCUUGAUUUUAGAAGCAGUGGCAACUCUUGGUUAGCUGGAUAAAGAAGGAACAGCAUCAGAGGGUCAGUCCCCUAAUGACUUGCUCGACAUAGGAUGCAUUUAAAACGUACCUUGAUGUGAGUUUGCAAAAAAGCCUCCUGCUCUCAUCUGUGCUCGAACACUCUAUCCUACUCUAUUUGGUAGACACUAAGACCUGCUAAGAUGCCAUGUCGAGAGCUGGGCCUGGUGGUCCAGGCCUGGAAUCCCAGCUGCCAGAGAGUCACAAGGAUGGCGAGAUCAAGUCAAAGUCCCCCUAGGCAGCUUGGUGAGAUCCUGUCUCAAAAACUAUAAAAAGGGGCCAGGGACAGAGCUCGGUUGUGUGCUUGCCUAGUAUGUUGAUGGGUGUAGGUUUAAUCCCCAUUGAUUUAUUAAAUAUUCAGGUGCCAGGCACAGGUGCACACACCUGUAAUCCCACAGCACUUGUGAGGCAGAGGCAGGAGGCU